GCCACCACGAUCGGAGGGUUCAGGAUGGGUGACAUCGCCAAGGACAACCAAGUCUCCAACCAAACGCUGCAGCUCAUCGCCAGGCGAGCGGUUGCGAUAGAGAGACGGCUGCGAGGAGAGCCGCCAGAUCUUACGGACCCAAUCGAGCGGGUUAAGGAGCAUUGCCAUCGAGCCGGGGCCACGAGCGUCAGAUACAAGUGGGUCCCGCACGGUUACUAUGAUACGCCGUUAGAAGAGCGGGCGAAGGAGCUGGGCUCCGAGCCGGAGCAGCUUUGCAAGACGAUGAUCAUGGAGAACAAGGCCUUCGAUGAGAACGACCCGACGAUGGAGCGGUUCUACCUCGUGGUGGUGCAAUACGCUGCUAGGCUCAGCUCACAGAAGAUCUCGGCCGCGGUCAUGCGCAUGAUGAAGCGCUCGUCUCGGGGUCGAUGUAACCUACAGGUGGCUCCCGAAGAAGUUGGUCUGUCCCUGUCUGGGUUUCCUCACAACGGCGUUACCGUCUUCGGCGGCCUUACCCCGAUACCCGUCAUUCUGUCGGAGGCUGUGCUGGCCCUGAGACCUUCCUUCGUGUGGUUGGGCGCCGGACACCCCUUGCUUAAGCUGGGCGUGAGCACGGAAGACUUGGUGAAGAAGCUCGGCGCCACCGUUGCUGACAUUUCUGUCCCGAGGGACGGACCAGGGGCUGCUGAAGAUGAAGGCGCCUACGACUGACGAUAGCGGUGACUGCCCACGAGCGGUUGUGUUGGGUUUUCGGAGCGAUCGAGGCUACCUUAGGGGUUGCCCUUUUGGUACUAUGAUAUUACCAGCGGACAGCGAGUUCACAUUUUUACGAAGUACGUUGGAUUUCACCGAUCCAUAUCGAUGGGGAAAGCUGGUCGGAAGAGCGUGGUGUCGGUUCUUACAUCUACGUAGACGUACAUUUCUCCGAGGUUUCGUAACAUUCACUUAUGGAUUUUUUGCCUACGGAUCACGAUGAGCCCAUUGAUACCGACGGCAACCCUUUAUCACCAUAAACUACACACGACACGCGUGGUUGGCCACCCUUUUCGCAGUGUCGUAGAGUGUUG